CGGUGGUAUAGUAGCUUCUCGAUACAUGAUACAGAUACAGAACAAGUGAAGAUACGCAAAGCAAAAGCCAUCUGCCAUUUCAUAUCUCUAUCUAUCUGUGUUAUUAAUUUUUAACGUAAAUUACAAAAAUUUAAGAAGAGUUCUAUGUACGAAGAACGCUAGCUACAACAGGAACAAUUGCCAUUUGUGUUAACAGAAAAUUGUGAUAAAGUUAAUAAUUCUGCAAACAAAUAAUAAUAACGAACUGUGAUUGACAAAAUUAAUUUUUGGAAAAUAGUUAUCAUCUUUGCAGCAAUAACAAAAACACAAUCAUCUAACAAAAGUUGUGAAAUAAAAACAAAAGACAAAAAAGCAUAAUUGUGAUAAAUCAGUUCAUAACAACUUCUUGUGUCUGGCAAACCUUUACAUUUAAAGGUAUUUCGAAACUCGAUGAACAUCUUCGAGAAGUUUCGUGAAUCAAAACGGACAAAGAAAAAUAAAUAAAAAUCCGUGCAAGUUUUUCUUCACUGCAAUUAACUUGAAAAAUAAAUUUGUUGAUUUCGACCGACUAAAGAAAAUUAUGAAAAUGGAAAUUUUAGCCGUUCAGCAGUUUUACCAUCCGUCAGAUUUUGCCGGUUUGGGGUCUAAUAAAAUCAGAGAUUGGACCUCACCUUUAACUCCACCACCAGAGGCCACAACCAAGGCCACCACAAAUUUGCCCUACAAUCAAACAAAUACCGUCAACAAAAUGAAAUGCAGUAUUAACAAUCAAAAGAACAAACGUUUGUCCGAAAGCCAAAGCAAGCGUACACCAACAUCUCCAGUGCUAGCAUCAACAGCUACUAAUCCCAAAAACACUAACAGCAAUCAGGGUACCACCACCACCCACAAUAAUAUAUACUACAGUGAAGAUUUCGAUGCCACAGCCAUUAAUGACUUGUCCCUACGUUUGCUGGAUGAGCUAAGGGCCGCCAAGAGCCGUCAUUUAUCUUGCACUGAAGUCUCACUACCCUGUGAUCUCACACCACGCAUUGCAGCUGAAAUUUUACGCCUAUCGGAGAAGGAACCAUGUGGUCUGCGCGGUUGCACCAUUUACAUCGAAUUCGAAGAUGAACCGAAUAAUUCCCGACGCAUUGCCUCACUCAAAUUGGAUAAGGAAACAGUAUCUACAUUUGAGAUAUAUUUGACUUUGCGCCAGGAUCAUCGAGGCUGGACCGCCCUGUUGCCACAGUUUAUGAAGGGUCUGUCGCGUACCAUAACCAUUAGUCCCGAAUUUAACAUCACCAAGAACAAGCUAUACUCUCCCUUGAUGAGUAGUAGUUAUAGCUAUACCAGUUCUAAGGCCAUUUCAACGCCCACAGCAUAAAUUCACCACCCCUCAGCACCCACCUUGAAAACACUCAAUAAUCCCACCUACAAAACAGACCCAGCUGGCAAAUCUCUGCAAACAGCAACCCUUAAACCUGAUAUCAAUGCGUGAACUGUGUCUCCUUUAGUUUUUAAGUUUCUUUUUGUGUUCUUCUUUUCUGUUGUCUGUCAUUCGUGCGAUUUAAUUAUGAAACUAAGCUAUCGAAUAUCUUUUAUACCCCUGAACCCCCACCCUGUACCAAAUCCCAAUGUUUGUUGUAAGAAAUCCAGAAUAUUAUCUGGAAAAUUUGUCAAAACGUCCCAAGUUCUGGGAUAUCAUUGCACAUAUCCCUUAACUCAAGGCUGCCAAUUAGUAAACGCGAAGCAACAACAACAAAACUCAUGAAAAGAAUGUGAUACUUAUUAAGAUGCUAAGUUUUAAUCUAAAACAAAAACAAAUCAUGUGAAAUAUAAAAUGUGUUAAAAUUGCAACAAAAUCUUAAAAUUAAAAGCAAAACAAAACGUACUCCCCUUCCCCAAAACGAUACUCCUCGAAUCAUUCACAAACACACACAAUGUGUGUGUCUGUGGGUGAACAUGUAGGUCUAUCCAAGUAACGAAUGUCGAUUUGACUAAAUUCAAAGAAUUUCCAAAAUUUUUUGAUAUUUAUUUAAUAUUAAUUAUAAGUUCUUGUGUACUUUAAUUUAAAAAACAAAACAAAAACGAAAGAAACUGCGAUAUUUUGCUUACAUCCUCUCCAUGUGGAGAGGUUCAAGCAUUUAGUUUGUAAAAAAAUCAUAAAAACAAAACGCAAAACGAAAUGAAAUCCAUUUAUUUUCUUUAAAAACCAUUUUCCAUAAUGUUCUCAUUUUUAUCAUUUUCAAAUGAUAUUCUUUUUUUAUUGGCCAUCUAUCAUCUUUUAUUCAGUUUUGAUACGCGAACAUACCAUAAAUGUCCCAUUUAUAGAGUUAUAAAGAAAAACUUUGUAUUUAUUUUAAUUGUGUACGAAAUAAUUUUUGUCAACUUUUUGUCAUAAUGAAAUGUAUUAUUUUUAAUUUAAACAUAAAAACACAAGAAGAUGCAUAAAUAUUCCCUGCCUCUAUUUUUAAUAUAAGUAGCAAUGGCAAUGAUGAUGAAAUAUGUCCUCAACAGGAAAUGAAAUCGAAAAUGUAUUAAUGUUAAUAUUUUUAAGUUUGUUUCAAUAUUUUUUAUAUUUAAAGAAUACAAAAAUCCAACAACAACAAAAACCACAUGAUCUUAAUUUUGUAACCAAAAAUAAAACAAAACAAAAAAAAACAAUUAAAAAAAUAAAAUUAAAUAUAAAAUGUGUUCAGAAAUUGUUCUAUUAGAUAACUCAAAAGGGUUUCUAAAAAGGCAAUGGAUGGAUAUAAAAAUUAAAAAAUAAAAA